AUGAGGAAAGUAAACGUGGUCAUCCUGGUGCUACUUGCUGUGGCUUUCCUCAUCAUCAUUCAACGGAAUCUCGUCAGCCUCAGCGACUUUUUGCAUAAAGAAAUCACACAUACCGGGGCCAUUCUUCCCUUUGAGGCGGAAUUGUCUCCUGUCCUCGGAGCGGAUACGAAGCGACAGGGGGACGAGAUCCCCGUGGUCAUGACCGCCGCCGAGGAGAGGCUCGGUGCCGCGGUGGCUGCCUUGCACAGCAUCUACCAGAACACCAAGGCCAAUGUCGUUUUCACCAUUGUCACCUUGAACGACACAGCGGAGCACCUAAGGGCGUGGUUGAGUGUUCCGCGGCUAAAAAGCAUCAAAUAUAAAUUGGUUCUCUUCAACCCUGAGAUGCUGGUUGGCAAGUUACCAAAAAAUCCUGAGAUGACUGAUGCGGCCAAACCGCUGACCUUUGCUAGGUAUUAUCUGCCGUUAUACCUGCCCGAUGUGGAGAAAGCCAUCUAUUUGGAUGACGAUGUCAUUGUGCAAGGGGAUAUCAAAGAGCUUUAUGAAACGAGUAUAAAACCUGGAUAUGCGGCGGCCUUCUCGGACGACUGCGAUUCAGCAUCCACCAAGGGUAUCAUUCGAGGAGCUGGAACUCAGAACAACUACAUAGGUUUCCUGGACUUUAAAAAAGAGGCUAUUAAACAGCUCGGGAUGAGGGCCAACACGUGCGCAUUCAACCCGGGAGUCAUCGUGGCCAACCUGACCGAGUGGAAGAACGCAAACGUGACGGCUCAGCUGGAACGCUGGAUGGAACUGGACGCACGAGACGACCUGUACAGCAAGACAUUAGCCGAGAGCGUCGCCGUCCCUCCGCUCCUCAUCGUUUUUUACAAGCGCCACUCUGCGCUUGACCCCAUGUGGCAUGUGAGGCACCUGGGUGUUACGGGUGCCGGAAACCGCUACUCGCCGCAGUUUGUCAAAGCCGCUAAACUCCUUCACUGGAAUGGACAUUACAAACCUUGGGGAAGGGCGUCGUCCUUCCCAGAUGUGUGGGAUAGGUGGUUCAUUCCGGACCCCAUGGAGAAGUUUCAUCCCGUGCGGAGACACACGGGGGACAAAUUGGACUGA